AUGGAUAAUUUAUGCACAGUUUGUAUAAAUUAAAGGGCAGUUAAUCGAGAUUUUGAAGGUAAAUCUUAUAGUUGUGAUGAAAACAGUAGAAAAGGAGCUUUAGAACCUUGUUAGUCUUGUAAUAAAAGACUACAAGGGUAGAAUUAGUAGUAAAAUAAAAAAAAAGUUGAUGAGUUAAUAAAAGUCUGUCAAAGAAGCAUCUCAUUCAUUCAUAAUUAGUAAAUAUACAUGAAGCAAUUCAUUGAGCAUUAAAUAGGGGAGUUGAUUAAUUUGCUUUAAGAGAAAUAGAAUUCAUUACAGAAUAAUCUAACUGAGAUAUUGUAAAAAAAAUUGGAUUAUUACUAAGACUGUGAAUCAAGACUAAAUAUAAUUAAGAAAAAUAGUGAUUAUAAUAGAUUGAAAUAAUAGCCAUUUGUAUAAUUCGAAUAAUACGAAGAUGAUAAAAUUAUGGAUUUUGGAAAUAUUAAAAUUUUAACAGAAGAGAUUAAGAAUUUUGGGAAACGGAUUGUUAAGAAAACUAAUUAAAGUGUAUGUUCAUAGAUUAUUAAUACUAAAAAAAAUCAGAAUAAUGCAAAUAAAGAAAACCUUAAGGAUUCCUAGGAGAAAAUAAAUCAAUCCAAUAUGUUUAUUUCAUUUUUGCCAUAAUUAGACGAUGCUACAUUAAUUUACAGAUUAGGUUAGAAAUUUUACAUGCCUAAAUAAAAUAAAGUUCUUGGUUUUAUCUAUACAACAAAUCAAAGCAAAUUUGGUUUUUAUUAUAAUGUAGAUUAACCAACUAAUGGCUAUAAUAAUGCGAAAGACUGCUACAUUUUCUCGUUAAAUAAUAUAUAUCAAAUACCUGUAUGAAUUUUAAUCUAAGUUAGCCUAUGAAAUUCUACCCUAAGGAAGAGUGCAUUAGGUAUUCCUUAUAUCUAGGCCAUUCGAAGAUUGGAUUUGGCAAGGAUUGCAAGGAUUUGCUGAUUGACUUUGAGAAUAUCAAAAAUUCUUCCUCAAAUUUGGGUCAAUCUUAUGAUGUAUAUUCAGAACUUGAUAGUGAAUGUAUUUUAGCAGGUAGAUCAACUAAUUGGAAUGUUGAAAUGAUAGAGAUAUUUAGUUUGAAAUGA